CUAUUACUACCCUUCAAUUUGAAAUUGAGAAUAAAACAGAAGUCGCCAAGUUGGGGUAGCUGGUAACAUCAGUAUUUCCUAUUUAAUCCAGAAAGCACUGCUUCAGCGCCCACUGCGUGCAAGGUUCCACUUUCGGGCCAGCAGUCCUCUCCCAAAGCCUGUUCUUUCCAAGUGUGCAGCCGCCAUCCAGGCCACGCCACGCUCCUAGGUCACCUGCAUCACCGACUCUCCAUGUUAAAGAGGGAAGCAAAGGAGCGCGCCUUUUUCUCCAAAAUGGCUGAGCAGGGUCACGUGGGCUCGGGGGCGGGGUUGGUGCGCUCGCCGGAACAGGGCGGCGGGUCACGUGGUUCAGACGGGGGCGAUAGCCAUGGGGGCGUGGCCGUCACACGGCCCGAUGCGCCUGGGCAGCGGCUCUUCGGGGGCCACGCCCCCCGGGCCCUGGGGGCCUAGCGCACGACGGUGGGGUGGAGUCAGCCUCGUGACCUUUUACCCCAGCAUGGCUGCGCCCGCGGGACCGGUGAAGUUCUGGCGACCCGGUACAGAGGGACCAGGUGUAAGCAUCUCUGAAGAGAGACAAAGUCUGACUGAAAACUCUGGGACAACAGUUGUUUACAACCCUUAUGCUGCCCUUUCCAUAGAGCAGCAGAGGCAGAAGCUGCCAGUAUUCAAGCUUAGGAAUCAUAUUUUAUACUUGAUAGAAAAUUAUCAGACAGUGGUGAUUGUUGGUGAAACGGGAUGUGGGAAGAGCACACAGAUUCCUCAGUACCUUGCAGAAGCCGGUUGGACAGCCGAAGGAAGAGUGGUAGGAGUGACCCAGCCUCGGAGAGUGGCUGCUGUUACAGUUGCAGGGAGAGUAGCUGAAGAAAGGGGUGCAGUGCUGGGCCACGAGGUGGGCUACUGCAUCCGCUUUGAUGACUGCACCGACCAGCUGGCCACGAGAAUUAAGUUUCUUACUGAUGGAAUGCUGGUCAGGGAAAUGAUGGUUGAUCCGUUGUUAACAAAAUAUAGUGUCAUCAUGCUGGAUGAAGCCCACGAGAGGACCUUGUACACUGAUAUUGCCAUUGGCUUGCUAAAAAAGAUUCAGAAAAAGCGAGGGGAUCUUCGAUUGAUUGUGGCUUCAGCCACUCUGGAUGCGGACAAAUUCCGGGAUUUCUUUAAUCAAAAUGAAACCAGUGAUCCAGCAAGGGAUACAAGUGUGAUCCUUACAGUGGAAGGGCGAACAUUUCCGGUGGAUAUCUUUUAUCUACAAAGUCCUGUUCCAGAUUAUAUCAAAUCAACUGUGGAAACUGUGGUGAAAAUUCACCAGACAGAGGGAGACGGAGACAUUUUAGCAUUUCUUACUGGCCAGGAAGAGGUAGAAACUGUUGUGUCGAUGCUCAUCGAGCAGGCUCGGGCGUUAGCUCGCACUGGGAUGAAGAGACACCUCCGAGUUCUCCCCAUGUAUGCAGGACUGCCUUCCUUUGAGCAAAUGAAAGUGUUUGAAAGGGUGUCACGCAGUGUCAGAAAGGUGAUAGUGGCCACCAAUGUGGCAGAAACCUCUAUCACAAUCAGUGGCAUUGUGUACGUGAUCGACUGUGGCUUUGUCAAACUCCGAGCCUACAAUCCCAGGACAGCUAUUGAAUGCUUGGUGGUGGUGCCAGUCUCCCAGGCAUCAGCUAACCAGCGAGCAGGACGUGGUGGUCGUAGUCGCUCGGGAAAAUGUUAUCGCCUUUAUACAGAGGAAGCCUUUGACAAGUUGCCUCAGUCUACGGUUCCUGAGAUGCAGCGUAGUAAUUUGGCACCUGUCAUCCUGCAGCUGAAAGCGCUAGGAAUUGACAAUGUCCUCAGGUUCCACUUCAUGUCGCCCCCUCCAGCACAGUCGAUGGUUCAAGCCUUGGAGUUACUGUAUGCUCUGGGAGGUCUGGACAAAGACUGUCGCCUGACUGAACCGCUCGGCAUGAGAAUUGCAGAGUUCCCUUUGAAUCCCAUGUUUGCCAAAAUGCUGCUUGAAUCAGGAAACUUUGGCUGUUCUCAGGAAAUUCUAAGCAUCGCUGCCAUGAUGCAGAUCCAGAAUAUCUUUGUGGUCCCCCCAAACCAGAAGUCUCAGGCAAUUCGAGUGCACCGUAAAUUUGCUGUGGAGGAGGGCGACCACCUCACUAUGCUCAAUGUAUAUGAAGCAUUUAUCAAACACAAUAAGAACUCUCAAUGGUGUCAGGAACAUUUCCUGAAUUACAAGGGUCUUGUCAGAGCUGCGACUGUAAGAGAACAAUUGAAAAAGCUUCUUGUCAAGUUUCAAGUGCCCAAGAAGUCUAGUGAAGGUGAUCCGGAUCCGGUUCUGAGGUGCAUUGUCUCCGGCUUCUUCGCCAAUGCAGCGAGGUUUCAUUCUACUGGAGCUUAUAGGACUAUCCGUGAUGACCAUGAGCUGCACAUACACCCUGCGUCAGUCCUCUAUGCAGAGAAACCGCCUCGCUGGGUUAUCUAUAACGAAGUUAUACAGACCUCCAAGUAUUACAUGAGAGAUGUGACUGCCAUUGAAUCGGCCUGGCUGUUGGAGCUGGCUCCACACUUUUAUCAACAAGGAACGCACCUGUCCCUGAAAGCCAAAAGGGCCAAGGUCCAGGACCAGUGAGAGGAGCCCACAGCUGCAGCUGCAGGGACUGCUGGUGUCCUCUCCUCCAUGCUGCUGCCCCUGGCCCCAGGUGGGGUGAGCUGGCACCAGCUCCUGUAGAAUGUUUGGUUGCUCUGAAGGGGGCUGCGGCCUGUUCAUUAGCCCUUUCUUCCUACUGCCCACAGCAUUUGCAUCCUUGCUGGGAUCCUGGAGGACUCUGUGCAUGGGCAGACAUCCUUCUGUGCUGCAGCGGGCAGAGUGGGAGUUGGCUCACUCAACACGCUCACUAACCCAGCAUGCCACUUCCAGCAGGCAUGCAGUCCUGGCCCAGCUCUAUGGGAAACAAGGAGGAAAGUGAAGGCUGAAAUACCAUGUGGGGUGGACAGAGGAAUGGUUUGCUGGGCUGGUUUUGCUUUCCCUGCUGGGGCCACGGCUGUGUUAACCAAUGAGGUCCGCUGCCAAGUUUGUGAACAAGCAUGUAUCUACGAAGGAACGAAACAUCGGGGAUCUCUGCCGAAACCACCAAGAGGCACGUCUGAUGGGCACAGGGGCUCUCAAACCCAGUGGCUUCCGUCUGUCCUCAGCCCUUGUCCCUGUUUAUCUGCAGCCAGGAGAUUUGCAAGGGAUUGGUGAUUGACAGAGAGGACUUGUGCGCUGUUUUGUGUUAGCUGAGGAUUUCUGUUUCACAGGUGGGCUUAGCGUCUUCUCAGUGCAGUGCCAGGUCCUGGUGCCACACUAGCUGAGCACUCAGGAGAGUUCAUCAGUUCCGAUCCCACAGGGUCUCCUCUUUAGCAGGAAUUCACAACAGUUUAGACGCCCUAAACUUCUGUAGCUCAGGAACAUAACUGGUAUAUUUGUUUUUUUGUUUGUUUGCUUGGCGUCUUGCAAGAGCACGCGGGGGUGGUUCUUCCAGCAGGCACUGGUUUUGUUGCCCCAGGGCUGCUUUGCUGUGAUGAUGAUUGCAUUUCAACACAUGCCAGAUGCAGAUUUUUUCCCCCUUACUGUUUCAAUGACCUUUAUUUUAAAAACACAUAGCUUGAAAAUUUAUUUUUGUACUGAUAUUAGUUUGGAUGUGCCACUUUUGGCACCAAAUGUGUAUGUCAUUUUUAUUUCCAUUUUAUAAACAUGUAAAUAAUAGUGAUAACUUGUUAAUAAUAGUAAACCUUUAUACCUAAAGUAAAUACAUUCCCUCCCACA